AUGCGUGAGAUUGUGCAUAUUCAGGCUGGCCAGUGCGGAAACCAGAUUGGAUCGAAGGUGUCCGAUACGGUUGUGGAACCAUACAAUGCCACUUUGUCAGUGCACCAGUUGGUAGAGAACACCGAUGAGACAUUCUGCAUUGAUAACGAAGCGCUUUAUGACAUAUGUUUCCGCACACUGAAGUUGUCCAAUCCGACCUACGGUGACCUGAACCAUCUGGUCAGUGCAACCAUGUCUGGUGUGACCACCUGUCUUCGUUUCCCCGGCCAACUGAAUGCGGAUUUACGCAAACUGGCGGUGAAUAUGGUUCCAUUCCCUCGGUUGCACUUCUUCAUGCCUGGCUUCGCUCCUCUCACAAGCCGAGGAAGUCAACAAUAUCGAGCUCUGUCUGUCCCCGAGUUGACUCAACAAAUGUUUGAUGCCAAGAACAUGAUGGCCGCUUGUGAUCCUCGCCACGGUCGUUAUUUGACUGUGGCUGCCAUCUUCCGCGGUCGAAUGUCCAUGAAGGAGGUUGACGAGCAGAUGCUGAAUGUGCAAAACAAGAACUCGAGCUACUUCGUGGAAUGGAUCCCGAACAAUGUGAAGACAGCUGUGUGUGACAUUCCGCCACGCGGUCUGAAAAUGUCUGCCACGUUUAUCGGAAACACGACCGCGAUCCAGGAACUGUUCAAACGCAUUUCGGAACAGUUCACGGCCAUGUUCCGUCGCAAGGCUUUCCUUCAUUGGUAUACUGGUGAAGGUAUGGACGAGAUGGAAUUCACAGAAGCCGAAUCGAAUAUGAACGAUCUGGUCAGCGAGUACCAGCAAUAUCAGGAAGCCACCGCAGAAGAUGGUGACUUUGAGGGUGAGGAGGAAGAAGCGUAA